CUCUUGUCAACACAAAAUUUUGCAAACUCAUGUUUUCUCCCUCGUUUUCCUAUUUCUAUCAAUCUCUCUGUUGAAAAAGAACGGUGCUAUGGCAGAACAAAACCCUCGUUUUAAUAGAAUUUUAGAUCAGAUCAGAGAUAAAUUACGUUCUGAAAACAUAAAGCUGUGGCUUUCCCCAUACACAGUUUCAAACGACCAGCCUGGCAUCUACCCGGAGGAAUUGAUAAACCAGUAUUCUGAAGCCCUGAAUGUAUCUCCUGAAGAAAUAUUUGAAGCCUUGGAACAGUUAAGAAUUCAUGCUGUUACAAAGCUUCAGACAGAGCAAAGGUUUGCCAGAUCAGGAAUUGCAACCAUCAAGGUUCACUUAACUGGCAAUAUUACACAGGGAAUAAACAACAGAUUACAGAUACAAACUGGUUUACAUGUAACUGGGGCAGAAUUUAGAAGAAGCUUGAAAAAAGAAACUGGUCUGGAUGCUGACAAAAUGAAACUUAUUUGUAAAGGACAUGUUGUUUCUGAUGACUUGACUCUUGAGAAUCAGAAUUUAAAGAACAACAGUCAGAUCAUGGUGCUUUUGUUGUCAAAGUCAAGUGUUGAAAUGGAGGAUCGACAGAAAGAGGAGAACGAGACAAGGGAAAAUGUGUCCAGAACAAGACAAGCUGCUGAGGCAUUGUCAAAUAGACAAGACAAUUUUGAAGAUGACAGGUUUUUCCUGGAGAUUAGUGAUCAAGAAGGUCGUCCAAUUAAACUUCCAGACAAUGAAAGAAAGGCAUUGGCUCUGGCUCUAACAUUGCAUGAAAAAGGACGAAGUGUCCUUGAAAAAAGAAACUUUCCUGAGGCUCUUUUAUUACUCCUUGAGGCAGAAAAAGAAUUCAGUCAUUGCAGGGCUCAGAUUCUUACUGCUGUUGAUAAUUAUGGUAUUCUUUGCCUGGAUAUUGUCUGGUGUUACUUUUGGCUCAAGAGUAUCGUUGAUCUUCCAAAUGCAGAGGAAAAAUUGAAGAAGUGCAAGGAAUGUUUCGAAAGAAGCUAUGGCCAAAACCUUGAGAGGCUGACUGUUGUUAGGGGUGGAAGUGGGGGCGAGUUGGCCCUUUUUGUGCGCCUGUAUGUGCUGGAGGCUGUUUGUGCAUAUCAUAAAGGAGACAUUUUUGGUACAGCAAAAUGUUUGGAUAAGGCGGAAGAUUUACAAAGUAAGCUGCAUAUCAACAAAGACCAAUUAAACCAGAUGUUGAUGAUGGGCUUUACAGAGUCUGAAGCUCGUCUCGGUCUAAUAGCUUGUCAAGGAGACACAACCCUGGCUAUUGAUUACAUCACGAAGAGAAGACAGGAGAAAAAAGAAAGAAGGCAGAAAGAGGUCGAGGAGAGAAAGAAAAAACGACUGGAAAGAAAAUUAGGGAAGACUGGGACGGGAGAAUGGGUCAAUGUAGAUUCUUACAAAUUCCUAGUGGAGAUGGGAUUUUCCAGCUGCAUGGCCACCCAGGCCUUGAAAGAGGCGAACAAUGAUAUCAAUAAUGCACUACAGGCCCUUCAAGAUCAUCCAGAUUUACUUGAUAUUCCUGACAUAAGGUCCAGGUCGUCCUUCAGUGAAUCUGUUAUCUCUGAUGAACAAGUUGUUCAGGUUUUGUCCAUGGGUUUCCCAGUUGAGUCCAGCAAGGAAGCCCUAAAGCGUUGUUUUGGUGAUGUUCAGCAAGCUAUAAAUAUGUUGUUGUCUUGCGAAGGAAUUCUUCCUUCCUUAUCACCUCAGGCUGUUCAAGGCAACUGCACUAAAAGCGAAGAUGAAGAAGACCCGGAUGUAGAAGAAGCUGUUAAUGAACUAGCGCCAGUCCUCGCCAAUGAGGAUGAUGAAUCUUAUUUGAACAUGUCACUUGAGGAAGAAACUUCUAUUAUAGCCGAAUACAGGACAAUGCUUUUAUCUGCUGGCUACGAUUCACGUUCUGAUUCGUUUAAAUCCUGAAAAUGAUGAAAAAAGUAGAGUUUCAACGUGACUUUUACUUCCAUGGUGAGCAGAAAUCUUUUGUUCCCUGAAUACAAUUGUUUUCAAUUUAGUGAACAAAUUCAGUUGUUUUCUAUCUCCAUUUGGCUGCCUUUUAUCUUUUGAAAUAUUGGUAGUAUUUUCUGAGAACAGAAUUAAACAAAGUCUGGUUAUAUCAAAAACUUGUUUGUAGCAGCAGUUUUAGCAAUUGUCGUAGCAAUAAACUCGAGCAAUCCCACCUUUCCGGCGAAGUCUGUCGCGCAAGUCAAAUGUCCAUACCAUCGGUUUGAAGUUGAAACUUGAAUUUUAUUAACCAUGGAAAACUGAAGCUAAAAAGGUUUAGCUGGCGGUUUUACUUGGUCGAGAAAAGCAUUGAAUACGCAAUAGCCAUCAAGCUAUUGAAAUCUAAAUAUUCUUUUAAAGUAUUCGAGUUCAAUUUGUAAAAAGGAACGAUUUGUAGCUUUUUCCUCUCCGUUUCGCAUGGCGGGAUGUAAGGUCACCAAACCAUUUUUGCGAUUUUUUUCUCCAUGCUCUCUUUCUUUUGACUGCAAAUUCUUAGUGAUUGUUCACAAUCACAAACAAAAGUUAGAAUAUUGAACCCUAUGAUCUUUUUUUCCUUUCUACGUCUGUGUAAUGACAUAAGAGUAUUUCUGUUUUAGGAGAGCUGCUAUAUAUACGGCAGUUGAUUGUAUCCUUGUUUUGCGAUUCUUUUGCGUGUUUGAACACGAUCCUUUGAUGACGCGUGUUAAUACGAAAUUGUGAUCUUAAUACGAAACUAAACAAAACGUUUCAUAACUAUUGAUCACGAUAAGAGAUGGUGGAUACAAAACUCGCUGAACAAUCCUUUGAUUCGUAUAUGUGCACGAUCUUCGCAGUAAAGCUCAUUUUAUUGGCAAAAUUUACUAAAACUUCCUCAUAACCUUUACUCCGGAACUAUGCCCAUGAAAUGCCUCUUAAUUGAUAAAUGUGACGACUUUUUCGUUUAAGUUCAUGGUUGUGCCUUAUCUUUACAUUACUAAUUAAAUGGAAACAGUUAGUAGGUGAAAAAAGAAAUAAGUUUCUAACCUUUUAUGCAGAAUAGAGGUGGGAGUCUAUUGGGAUUCAUAACUGCGCGUUUGUCUGAAGUUUAAAUUAGGAAUAAACCACCAUCAAGACUCAAACAUACAGAGGAAAAAAAGAAGAAAAUCAUUUAUAGCUGAGCGAAAAACAGGUGCUUUUGAAAAGAACUCGUUAUGCGCCGGUCAGUUAGAAGCUUCAAGUCCCCUUCCCCCGGGCAACGCACGGGCAUUUGUCUGUCGUCCAACAGCUCUCCUUUUUACCCCAUACUUCAGUAUUAGACAAGAGAGUAAAAUCAAAUUAACAUAUUGUUC